GCUCGUGCCAUGAAGGGAUUUAAAGACAAUGAUGAAGGAUCCAAAGUGAUGAAAUCUGAAUAAAUUUAUGGAAGAAAUGGAUUGAAGACCAGAAGCAAAAACUCCUAAGUGGAGUCCCGGGACGAGUUUCUUUUUUUUUUUUGAUUUUCUUUCUGAAUCUUCCUCUCUGCGCCGCCAACAUGCCAGUUCUGGACCAAGACCCCUCUAAAGAUUCAGGGGGCAGUGAUGGUCUCCCUAAGCUGCCUCUCCCAGCCCUGAAAGAUACACUGGACUUGUACCUGAGGUGUAUGAAGCACCUGCUCACAGAGGAGCAGUUCAACAAAACCAAAAUCAUCGUGGAGCAGUUUGGAGCCCCUGGAGGAGUGGGAGAGCUACUGCAGAGCAAACUUGAGGAGAGGAGGGAGAACAAGGCCAACUGGGUGUAUGAAUACUGGCUGAACGACAUGUACCUGAACAACAGACUGUCUCUACCCGUCAACUCCAGUCCUGUGAUGGUUUUCCCCCAGCAGAACUUCAGGGCUCCCAUCGACUCUUUAAGGUUUGCUGCACACUUAAUUUCUGGAGUUUUGGAGUACAAGACUCUUCUUGAUGCACGGGCCCUGCCUGUGGACUACGCUCGGGGUCAGCUGGCUGGGACGCCUCUGUGCAUGGAGCAGUACUAUCGCCUCUUCACCUCUUAUCGUCUACCGGGGCCUGAAAGGGACACACUAGUGGCCCAGGAGAGCAGCGUGAUGCCUGAACCUGAACACAUCAUCGUGGCUUGUAAAAACCAGUUCUUUGUGCUGGACGUGGUUAUCAACUUCCGCCGACUGAAUGAGCGAGACCUCCUGACUCAGCUGGAAAGGAUCGCAAAGAUGGCUGAGAGUGAAGAAGAGCGGCUGCCACCAAUCGGUCUGCUCACUUCUGACGGACGCACAGAGUGGGCAGAGUCUCGGAGUGUGCUAAUGAGAGAGUCUACUAACAGGGACUCUCUGGACAUGAUCGAGCGUUGCUUGUGUCUGGUCUGCCUGGACGAGGCCACAGGACCGGAGCUAUGCGACACAACGCGAGCCAUGUUGAUGCUGCACGGCGGAGGAGUGGCCAAGAAUAGCGGCAACCGCUGGUAUGACAAACCCAUGCAGUUUGUCAUAGGAGCUGAUGGCUGCUGCGGAGUCGUGUGUGAACACUCACCGUUUGAGGGAAUUGUCCUGGUGCAGUGCACAGAGUACCUCCUCAAAUACAUGAUUGGCAGCCCAUCAAAGCUGGUCAGAGCCGCGAGUGUGAGCGAUCUGCACGCGCCGCGCAGACUCCGAUGGAAAUGCACUCCAGAGAUUCACAAACUCCUCGCCUCUUCUGCUGACAAGCUACAGAGGCAGGUAAAAAAUCUUGACAUGAAUGUCCAUAAAUUCUAUGACUACGGGAAAGAGUUCAUCAAGAAGCAGAAAAUGAGUCCAGAUGCCUACAUCCAGGUUGCCCUGCAGCUGGCUUACUACAGAUGUCAUGGCAGACCAGUGUCGACCUAUGAGAGUGCUUCUAUACGACGUUUUCAGGAAGGCCGAGUGGACAACAUCCGCUCAGCCACACCAGAGGCCCUGGCCUUCUCCAAAGCAAUGACUGAUGGGAAACCCAGUGCAAGUGACGCAGAAAAGAUGGAGAUGUUACGAGGUGCAAUAACUGCCCAGACAAAGUACACCAUCCAGGCUAUUACAGGGACGGCAAUAGACAAUCAUUUAAUAGGACUAAGAGAUAUUGCACAAGAAUUGAAGAUGGAGAAGCCAGAGAUGUUCAAAGACGAAGCCUAUCUCAUCAGCAAUCAGUUCAUCCUCUCCACAAGUCAGGUUCCUACGACUGUCGAGAUGUUCUGCUGCUACGGACCCGUGGUUCCAAACGGAUAUGGAGCUUGCUACAACCCUCAGUCGGACCACAUCAUCUUCUGUGUGUCUAGUUUUCGUGACAGCCCACAGUCGUGUUCAGCAGAGUUUGUAAAAUGUCUAGUGCAGGGACUCCUGGACAUGAGGGAUCUGUGCAAUAAGUUCAACUGCAGCUCCUCUACCGGGCAAAAACAGGGUCAGACGCUGGAGACCAACAUGCAAUCGGACAAAAACUGGCAAAUCAAAGUGCCGCAGAGACCGACAGACCUGAGCAAGAAUCAACAAACACUGCCUCAGGUUGUGCUGAAAACACCUGGGCAGAGUACCAUGGAGGCCCAAACCCAGACGCCAUCACAAGGAGAGACACAAGCUUUGAAGAAUGGAAGUAAAUAAAUAAGAAACUCUCUGUGCAAGAGGAAGUAUUGGUGGUGUGAAUUUAAGUGUGUUUUCUUUGCGUCUCUGUGCUGCAAUGACUUGAGUCAUUUAUGAAAUAUUCACCAUUACUGUGAAACAAAAAGUCGCGUAAAGCUGUUUUAUUGUUAACUGUAUGGUCAAAUGUAUCAAGUGCUGAUGAUAAUCUAUUAGAGAAUAUUAGAAGUGUGUGCUGUUGUCAAAACAAAUCAAAUAUGUAGUAGUAUCCAGGGUGUCUGUCAACAAAGAGUAGGUAAAAAUCAGCCAAAGAAAAAUAGUAAAGGUAUUGUUUGGUGAUGGUCAGUGGUACAGUCAAGGUUUGUGGGAAAUAAGGUUACGAUGAAAACGGGGGGGGGAAUAUAUAUACACUCAAGAUUAAUUUUGUCUUGUUCAUGUUGGAAUCAUUUUGUCAAUGGAGCCUGUCAGUCACGCUGACAGAGCAGAAAUUGUCUGUGAGUUAUGAUAGAUGGCUUAUUGUCUCACUGUAUGUCAACUUGCAAAUCGCAUGCUGCUAUCUACGGACUUCAAGAAGAUUAUCGUACACGAUAACACUAGAAUCUUCGAUGCAAUAACCACUUGUGUUGACUUUAAUUGUUGUCUAUUGUCCCACCUAUUAAGAUAAAUGGUAUGUAUAUUUCAGAAAAUAUGUAGACAUUUAGUUUUUACUGUAUUGUAAUCCAUAUACUGGGACUCAAACUGUGCUUGUGUAAAUAAGAAACAAAGAUAUAAGGGAAGCGUUUAUGUUUAUCAAAGAAUGUAAAGUCUUAUUAGAACUGUGUAAAUGUACAUUUUUGUGCAAAUAUAUCAACUGAGUUAUCUAUUUUUGUAUGAUUUUGUUUGUAACCUCAUGUUACAGGGUGAAAAAGUAAAUUUGAGUAUGAAGUUUAUGAAACUUACAAACCAGAGGUGAUCACUGUGUUUAAGACCGUCUACGUAUUGUAUUUAUGGAGUAUAUUGCAGAUUAAAAGAAAG